AAAUCUUAAACGAAACAGAUUUAAUCACAAGAAUAUAACUUAUUUAGAAUUUUUUCGUUUGUUUUUUAGUUUUUGCUGUUUAGUCAUGAUGUUACACACUCCGAUACAGUAGGUGGCGGCAUGAACCUUUAACGUUGGUUUGUAGUCCGCCAGUAAAACCAUAGAAGAAGAAGAAGAAGCAGGAAGUGCAGAAGUUGUGAAGCUGUAUCUCACUGAAAUAGUCCCUCCACCUCGGAAUAUAAAGUGAUGGCAGAACCCAGAAUAUCCUCCAUUGAUGGCAAAUUAGCUGAAGAAUUUGCCGUUCCCUCCCAUGUUGAGGAGGUCAAGGAGAAGAUGUCUGCUUUUGCCAGGCAUCAUGCAGCAGCGGGCCGCAGAGUGGUUCUCAUCACAUCAGGAGGCACCAAAGUUCCCCUGGAGUCCCGCACUGUUCGCUUCCUCGAUAAUUUCAGCAGCGGCAGGAGAGGAGCCUCCUCAGCAGAGUAUUUCAUAGACGCUGGCUAUGCUGUCAUCUUCCUACACAGACAUCGCUCCCUCUACCCCUACACACGUAUGUUCUCAACCAUAAACAUCCUGGAUGCCCUACAGUUCAAAGGAGGAGACGGAGAGUCCGGUAAAACUGGUGAAGUGGUGGUUAACCAGCAGGUGCUUCCAAACAUUGCCAAAGUGCUGAAGCGAUACCAGGAAGUGACGGAGGGAAAAUUUCUCUUACCCAUAGAGUUCAGCACUCUGUCAGAAUACCUGCACCUCCUUAAAGCAGCGGCACAGGCACUCAGCACAAUAGGAUCUAAGGCCAUGUUUUACUUGGCUGCAGCUGUGUCUGAUUUCUAUAUCCCAGCAUCUGAGAUGCCUGAACACAAAAUCCAGUCUUCCAAUGGACCUCUUCAACUCAGCCUGAAUAUGGUCCCCAAAAUUCUCUCCCCGCUAGUGAAGGAUUGGGCACCACAGGCUUUCGUCAUAUCCUUCAAGCUGGAGACAGACGCAAACAUCCUGCUGGACAAGGCUCGGCGAGCUCUGGACACCUACAGGCACCAGGCAGUGGUGGCCAACGUGCUGGACUCUAGGCGGGGUUACGUGGUGGUGGUGACCCCUGAGACUCAGGCCGAGCUGAUCCUCACAGAAGAGGACGUGAAGAAUGAGGUGGAGAUCGAGGAGAGGAUUGUGAAUAACCUGACAUCAGCACACAACCAGUUCAUAAGUCAACAACUGGGCUGACAAUCACCGUCCACUGCAUGUUUGAGUUAAUGAUGCAGCUGUAAGUUGUGUCUGUGCUGUCGAGUUUGGCUUAUAUUCGUACUUGCCUGUUCUGCUGACAAGUUACUGUAUAUUCAAGUUACUGUAUAUUCAGUAUGUAUGUUGUAGUAAUUGCUGUACCUAUAAACACGUAAUGCCUUCCCUUCUCCUUUGAAAUGUUCUACAAAUGAGCCUCUAAUGUUAUAAUGCUGUUUCUGUAGUCAGACAAUACACAAUUUAUUGAAAGUUUAUAAAAUGUUUAUUGACUUUCUGAAAUAAUUCAGAACAGAAAAAUGAACAUUUCAGUGUCUUUAUACAACAAUGAUUGACAGCUAAAUAAAUCAGUGACAUUCUUUACAACAACAGUCACCUCCUGUAUAAUAAACACUGACAAGUACA